AUGGCCGAUAGCUUUGCUUAAGAUUUAGAAAUUCUUCGUAAAUUCUCCGUAUUUUGCGCUUCUACUACAGGAAUGGAUAGAAUCGCUCGUACUACUUCCUUCGUAUCCAAAUUCGUAAAGAGCCACUACUGCUCUAAAGCUCAAUUCGCUGAAUAAUCCUGCAAAGAAAAGUUAAAUCUCCUUUCAAAAAAGCUUGAUAACUUAUCACUUAACUUAGGUGGUUUUCGUAGAAUUUUGAGAUGGUCAAGACCUUUCUAUCUUGGUAACAACUUGCUAAACAUUAUUGAAAACUUCAAGAAAGCUAAAACAACUGCUGGCAAGGCCAAAGAACUCCAUGAUAUAUUCUUCUACAUUUUCAUGAUUGUAGCAGAUAUCAACGAUGUAGUCGGAUGGCUAGCAUUCAUGGGAUUACUCAGCAAUGAAAAGCUUGCAUAAAAAUCAUUAUAGCUCAAUAAUAAAUUGUAUGUUAUCGAAUGCUUGAUAUGGUUGUUUUACUAUAUUAGAGAAGUAUAUAAUUUCCAAUUCAAUAACAAGGCUUUUGACAAAGAGAAUAAAGACCACCGUUUCAAGGCUUUCAACUUAAAGCUCUCAGUUGUCAAAUACAUCAUUGAUGCUAUUUGUGCAUACAAUUCCAUCGAUGCAAAAUUCAUUACACCUAAAACAAACUCUAAAAUUGGUCUUAUAUCUUCUAUGAUCGCCUGUUACUAGAGUUGGCCUAAAUGA